CAGCACAGUUAUCUUAUCCCGGCUGAUCCCUCCUUCAUCCGUGUGCACUUUGUGUUCCCUCCCACGAUACGGGGACUCAAGUUUGCUUCCCUUCCUGCUCCCCCCUUCCCUUCUCACUCCCCUCCCCAUUCUUCCUUGCUCACCAUCUUUCUCCACCAAGGGUUCUAAUGCUCUCGGAUUGGGCCAUCAUGGUGAAUCUCCGUUCAUUGUUGGGCAGCAAUGAUGGUGCUGGACGGGAUACCACCGAUGACCCGAGGGAGCAUUUAUUGCCUACCCAUCGGGGGGAGCAUCUUCACACUUCGGUACCGGCAAAGAGGUUUGCCAUCUUGCCUUGCUUCUCCCCCCCCUUUCGAGGGUGAACAAACAGCUGACCCGAACUCCCCAACCCAGCGUUACCAAAGUUGCAUUGAGACUUAAAUUCCUGUCUGCCUCCUUCCUCUGCAUAGCAAUUCGAGAAGGUUUCUCUGACAGCCUCUCAGCAUCGAAGCCGCGGUUCCUUGCGAGCUAAAAGAAUCGCACAUCACGCGCCCUCACUCGCAGAUCAUAACCAAGCAAGUGGUUCUUCUUGCACAGGAGGCUGCUGGUGAUGAGGAUAGAGCAUGUGUUGUCUACUGCCUUCUCGUUUGCCUCCGCUGGUUCAAGCGGCAGGCUCGGCUCGAGAUGUACGAUGCGGGCUUGUACUUGCUGAGAGCCGAGGCUUGCCAGGUCAUCUCCAAGCUCAUUAUAGAGGACACCCCGGACAAUGAAUACUUGUUUCAGGAGGUGCUGCUCAAGAGGUACAGCAUUUUGAGGAACGGGCAGGAGAGCGCGCCUGCUAAUGGUUUGUGGAGUCUUCCGUUCGAGAUGGGGACCAGGCUGACUGGUUGCUCCUAGCUGUUGAGCGAGCUGUGGACCUUCAUGCUACCAGAGUCAUUGGGUCUUCGGGUUACCAGAAGGCAGGUAUGUUCUAGCUGCGGGCGAUCUAGCUUGGCUAACAGUCGCAGUGCAUCAAUUAUCUUUGGAGGGGUUGGGUUGCCCAGGAUCUAAAUGAUCCGACCCAAUUCUGUGCCUACAAAGGCAUCGCUGAAAAGGGCUUUUGGGCCCACUUUGAUCAUGACCGCCUCCGUACCCCUAAAUACCAGAAUGCCUUUCAAGUCCUCGUCUCUGUGAUUUACCUGAUCCUGUACACUUUUGCCAUCAAUACCGUUAACCCCACCGGUGAUAUCGAUGUCGGGGAAGCUUGUCUUUACCUUUUCACUGCGGCCUUCGCAGCAGAUGAAAUGACCAAGUUCUGGAAAGUUGGAAGAUUUUACCUUACUUUCUGGAACACCUUCAACUUGACUCUCUACUCUGCUCUUGCAGUCUCUUUUGCGCUUAGGAUUGUUGGAUUCUCCAAAGCUGCUGGCAGUGACGAACGGGGAUAUUGGGAUCUCAUGUCCUACAACUGGUUAGCCUUUGUGGCGCCGAUGUUUUGGGCACGGAUGCUACUAUUCUUGGAUACGAUCAAGUUCUUCGGAGCCAUGCUGGUCGUCUUAAAGGUCAUGAUGAUGGAGAGUUUGAUGUAGGUUUUCUCCUCAUGGGCUGGUGGGAGGGUGGGCUAACAUUAUAGCUUCUUCGCACUUCUCGUGGUCAUUAUCAUUGGGUUCCUCCAAGGGUUCAUUGGCCUGGAUAAUGCGGAUAACAAGAGGGAUACGUCCGUUUUUAUUCUCGAGUCUAUGACAAAGGUCAUCUUGCAGAGCCCCGAGUUUGAAGGGUUUGACAACUUUGCUCGUAAGUGGAUCGGCUCCUCUGUGUUUUUCGUACCUGAAUUAACCUGGGACUCGACUAGACCCAUUUGGGAUCAUCCUCUAUUAUCUAUUCACCUUCGUGGUGAUGGUAAUUCUCCUAAACGUCCUUAUCGCCUUGUACAAUCAAGCGUACACGGACAUCACUGAGAAUGCUGUUGAUGAAUACUUGGCGCUGGUGGGUCACUUCUACAACCCACCCGAGUGCGGGAUCUCUAACUGAUUACCAUAGUUUGCGGGUAAAACGCUUCAAUUCGUUCGCGCGCCGGAUGAGAAUGUGUUCCUUCCCCGUAAGUUGCUUUUUACCGUUUUCCUCUUUGGAUUCGUGAUCUAAUGAUUGCAUGACACAGCGUUCAAUUUGAUUGAGAUAUUCUUCCUGGUUAUACCUUUUGAAUGGUGGAUGGAGAGGAGAAAGUAUCAAAAACUCAAUGACUACGUUAUGACUGCCUUGUACAGUCCUUUUAUGCUACUCAUUGCAUUCCUUGAAUCAAGAGAGGCUAGCCGUGUUUCAAGGAAUAGGGCAAGGGGGGAGGAAGACGAUGACGCCGUCGAAGAAUGGGAAGAAAUGGAGGAGGAGGAUAUCUUGAGUGAGGGGUGGUCUGAAAAGGUUGAAAAAACGGUUCCCAACAUUGAGGAGGAUCCAGCUAUCCUCGAGAUUAAAGGCUUGAGGUCUCAUCUCGAUCAAGUGACUUCUAGUUUGAGGGCGCGUGAUGUUGGUGGCAGCACUGAUGAAUCUCCCUGAUAUAUAGUGGGGAUGGGACAUGAAAAAGGCUUGACGUAGUAUGGAUCAUGAUGUUUGAAAGGUUCCUUAUUCUUUUUUAAACAGAGCAACAUCUGAGUUUUUUUCUCUAUCUUGUUUCUUUAGCUUUCUUAUGGGGAUGUCUGUAAUGUGUUGCGGCACCCUCGAUGAGCGUUGGUGGAAAUGAUCACUCUGCUACUUUAUGAAGCGAAAAUACGGAUAGGAACAAGACCAAUGCUUUAGCGUGACAUUCUAAAUCUGAUGCGCAUACCGGUAAUUUAGAAACCCGCUCCCCAGAACCAACAAACCAAGACAUCGAUCCCCUCUUUCCACUGCCGCCCCACCCCUGCUUGCUUCCCCCAAUAAUCAAUCGAGUCGAAGAUCCGAUCCACGGCCCGCCGAUCCCCAGCCCAAACGUAAACCUCACGUGUGCUCUGCACCCACCGCAUCUCAUGCCGCAUCGCAGUAGCCUACUCGGGUAGUCUGCUCGAGCACUGGUAGGGCGCGGUGGGCGGUGCGCCACCGGGUGAUAUUGUGUUGGAUAAAUGGGAAAAAAAGAAGAAAGGAAAAAAAGAAAAGAAAAAAAAACCUAGCCAUCAUGGUUUAAACUAUACCAGGUUCGGCGCUUUCGUCAAUCAAUCAUUCUAACUCCGCGCUUUUCGGGGGCUAAGUCGGGGGAAAGAAGAAGUAUACCACAGUGGAUAAGGAGAAAAAGGUUGAUAAGAAGAGAAGCAGCGAAAAGGAAGAGGAGGGAAAAAGGGAUAUGGAUGGAUGGAUGGAAAAAUGGAAAAUGGAAAUACGGUGAGAGACUCAAGGCACGGGUUUAUGUACAAGUGAAAAAAGUAAUGUAUAACAGGAUGGUAAGAUGGAAAUGUUAAUUUUUGGUACCCCGUUUUUGUGUCGUUGCGUGCGUUGUAUGAAGUGUAUGAUACCCUCGGUUUUGUGAGAGCGUGAGAGGUGGGUGAAGGUUCGGUAGGUGGGUAGAUGUGUAUGCGAGGGGGCGAUGUGGGUAAUGAGCCAAAGUGAGUAGUAGAGCUCCACCUCUCCCACCUCUCGGAACAAGUCGAAGUACCCCCCUGAAGAAAAGAGGGGGAAGUAAAAAUAAAAAUAAAAAAAAGGUGAAGGUGAUAUCCUCUUUGGUGAACCAACUAACCAAGUAAACAUGCCGUAGCCUACACAGCCUGAACUAAACAAAAACAAACUUUUAUCCCAUCCCCAAACUGCUUAAGCGCCAACCCCCUCCUUAAGCUUAUAGGUCCGCUUAUCCGUCGAUACACUGAGUCUGCGAAGACUGGAAAUGAGCCCCCUCUUGACUUCCUCAUUCCGAACGCGGUUCUUAAACCUGUCCGCAAUGAAUUUCAGCGUUACACCUUCGGGAUUGGAGGAUAGGACUGUGCGGAUUUCAGCAUCUGUUAUGAAAUCUAUUUGCUUGGUGUUAGCGAUCUACUAUCCUUCCGGCCAAAAGAAUUGGGGGGGGUGGAGGUAGGGAUGUGUACCUGGAGGCCCGGGGGGGCCCAUCGCCGCCGGAGCACUUGUAUUACCAGUGCCAGCGGUAGCAGCAGGGGAGCCUGCGCGCGAUGCCCCAGGAGUGCCCUGUCUUGAAGCAGCAGCUGCCGCCGCAGCAGGUGAGAGCGAUCGCCCGCUAGUGGUGACCUUGAUCCUUUGCUUCUUACUUCCUGGCCCGUCUGACGUCUCACCGGAGCGCUCAUCACCACUACGUGCUCCGGCGGGCGCAUCUGCUUUGCGCUUCUUG